CUACAACGCUUAAGAUUUCAAUCUGAAGUGGACCCACAUAUUCAAAUGGGUCUCUGACUCUGAGUGGAACCACUGAACAAUGGCUCAUGAGCAGGAUGACAUUAAAAUCAUCAUUCUCGUAUUUAAAUUCAAAUCCUAGUCUUGUUAUCUCUUUCCCAAAACCACCCAGACCCAGUUUCUAUCAAGAGCUUAAAUUUCUUUCUUGCAAAAUCCUACAAGGUUUGUUCCUUCCUUUAUCAGCCAUGUCGGAUGGAUGCAAAAAAUCCUCCAUUUUAGGUCAGUCAUACAAUUCUCUCUACGUCAAUCCCCUCACUGAAUUCCGGCACAGUCGCAGUUGCAGUGAUAGUGUCCGCUUAGCCUCCAAAUGCGACAAAUGUGAAGAUUUCACGCACCGAAAAGUUGCAACUGAUAAUAAAGAGAAUGUCACGCCCAAGAGGAAAGAUGCAACUCUGUUUUGUGACAAGGAAAAUGCAGUGCCUACGAAUGGGCCUUCUUCUUUGCCCAAACAUUUCUCAAAGUCCAAGUCUUUGUGCACAGAUAGGAUUUUGAAGCCGAACUCGCUUCAGUUUUGUAUGCAGAUGAACGAACCUGAAAAGGCUUUUGGGUCCAAGAUAUGGGAUAAUGUGCAUUUUGAAAAUAUGAGCUCUUUAAAGAUUUGGGAUUACUCUGAUUCAGAGGCAGCCCCAGCUUCUUCCUGGUCAACGUUGCCCAAUAAGUCUUUGAUCUGUAGAUCGUUGCCUAUAGAUAUUGGAAGGUGUACGUGUCUUAUUGUAAAGGAAGCAAAACCAGAAGGACUAUCCGGGGGCACUAUGUUUUCGCUUUAUACUUAUGAAGGUCAAGGUCGCCAGAAUAGGAAACUCGCUGUCGCUUAUCACAAGAGGCGGAAUGGGAGAUCUCAGUUCAUUGUGGCUCACAAUGUAAAAGGUCUCUUGUCCAAUUCAGAUGAUAGUUUCCUUGGAACAGUAACAGCAAACCUCCUGGGUUCAAAAUACCGUAUUUGGGAUCAGGGAUUUCAUCAUAAUUUGCAUGAUAAACAGUCAAAACCACCUCUUGCCGUUGUGAUGUUUAUACCUACAGCAGCAACAUGUACAGGAAGUUACAGAAGUAUGAGGGCAUAUGUACCCAAGCAUCAAUCUAUGUCACUAAAGAGCACAGCUCAGGUUCAACAUAUCAAAGGACUACCCAUGGAUUGGGAGGGAAAGUUAGACAAAGUCCAUCAAUUGUUCUCAAGGGUUCCACUUUACAACAAAACUUCAAAACAAUUUGAACUUGACUUUAAAGAUAAAGGAAGAGCAGGACUUAGAAUCCAAAGAUCGGUAAAAAAUUUCCAGCUGACUUUGGAGGAGAAUGGGAAGCAAACUAUUCUUCAACUGGGUAGAGUUGAGAAAUCAAAAUUUGUUAUGGAUUACAGAUAUCCUUUGACAGGUUACCAAGCGUUCUGCUUAAGUUUAGCUUCCAUUGAUACCAAGCUCUGUUGCUCUGUGUAGUGAGAAUUCUUUGCGACCAUGUUUAGUUCAACCUCUGAACAGACCAUGGCUUCUUGCUCUCUCAUUUUGCCCCCACCCUGAGGGUAAGACCAGAAAAUGGACAAAUCAUGCUUCCUAAUCCAAUGGAUUGAAUGUGCUUGAGUAUAUCAUUGUUCAAAAGAAAAUGAAUAUUUUGGAAGAGUUCAAGUGGCACUUGGAUCUCAUUAAGAAGUUUUGAAGAUUUAGACAGUUAAAUAGAAAGUCAAGUUUUGCUCUAAGAAUUGGAAAAUCCACAUGCUGUGGUGAAGAUAGAGUUCCUAUCGAGCAUUGAUUGUUUCAGUUUAGAAGCCUUGUAUGUUGCUGGAUAGAGUUUUCCCUAGUGCUUCUCUACAUUGAACUCUAUCUUUGUCAAAAGAAAAAGGGGGAUUUUCACUGCAUAAUUAAACUUUGAAGCACAAUUGAUUGUAUUCUGUUGUGAGAUCUUAAAUGCAAAUUGCAUAGUAACCCCUCCCUCUUCACCCUUUUAGUGUACAAAGAAUAUCCCAUUU